AUUGGAGAUCGAGUAUAUCCGUGGCGUCAGAAGGCGUUUCUAUCGCCUUUACUGCCAGCCUGGUCCGGUUGUGGCUACGUGUAAAUCCACUGGAAAAUGGCAGAUAGAAAAAAUAACAAUGUCCCCAACAGCAGCGCGAAUUUACUGUUUAGUGCCGCUCCAGACUUUAGCUUUAACCUGCCUUUCAUGCCGGUGAGCCAGGCGUCAGGCCCGGCGGUGCUGUCAGGAGAUGAUUCUACUGACGUCGGAGAAGAAGACAGUUUUCUUGGUCAGACCUCUGCCAACGGUCCGGCUGCCUCCUCCACGUUCAGCUACUUCUCUAACCCCGUAACGACCUCUGACCCCUUUGCCGGUAUCGGUCAGUCACCAUGUCCACCAGCAGGACUGUCCUCAGCCUUAACAGCUGCUGGACCUGUUUCUUUUCCCAGCAGCAUCGCCAUGUCUCCCCCUCCACCAUCCACAGUUUCACAAAUGAACCCCCCUCCCUCAACAUUUGGCAGUGCUGUUUAUCAGAGUCCGCUGGGGCGACAGACUCCACCCCCUACAACGAUGACCCCGCCCCCUGCUCAGAUGCAGCCGCAGCAUCAUAACCCGUACCGCCACACGGCCUCCAGCAGCAGAGCCAGUCCUUACAUUCCAGCUCCAGAGAUUCUGCCUCCACCACACACACCUCAGCAAACUCCGUACUCUCUCAGCUCUCCCCCUCAGAUGUUCUCCCCACCGGGAUCCACGUUCACCCCUCCUCCUCCAACAAACCUCGCAGGACCUCCACCUCCUGCUAGCACAGCUGGAGCCGUAGUUCCUGCAGGUCCCAUGAUGCCGUACAACUACAACGUGUACGAGCAGGUUCAGCCGCACUGGUUUUACUGCAAGAAGGUGGAGCAGAAGAGUGUUUGGCUUCCUUUCAGCAUCUUCGAUUCCCUUCAGCUCGAGGAGACGUACAACUCGGUUCAGCCAGACCCGGAGAGCGUGAUCGUACGAACAGACGGCGGGCGCUACGACGUCCAGCUCUACGACCGUCAGCGCAAUGCUGUGUACUGGGAGGAGGAGCCUACAGAGGUCCGGCGCUGCACCUGGUUUUACAAAGGCGACACGGACAGUCGCUUCAUUCCGUACUCUGAAGACUUCAGCGACAAGCUGGAGGCGGAAUACAAGAGGGCGGUGUCUACAAACCAGUGGCACCGCAGACUGGAGUUCCCCUCAGGAGAAACCAUCGUCAUGCACAAUCCAAAGGUCAUAGUCCAGUUCCAGCCCUCCUCCAUGCCUGAUCAGUGGGGAACGACGCAGGAUGGGGAGACCAGGCCCCGAGUGGUGAAGAGAGGAAUUGAUGAUGACCACGAUGAAGUUCCAGAUGGUGAGCUCCAUAAGAUCGAUCAUCUGGUGUUCAUGGUUCACGGGAUCGGUCCGGUGUGUGACCUGAGGUUCAGGAGCAUGAUUGAGUGUGUGGAUGACUUCCGCAACGUGUCCCUGAAGCUGCUGCACAGCCACUUUAAGAAGUCGCUGGAUGAGCACGCCGUGAGCCGGGUGGAGUUCCUGCCCGUGCAGUGGCACACGGCUCUGCACGGAGACGCCACCGGCGUGGACAGGAGGAUCAAGAGGAUCACGCUGCCGAGCACCGGGCGUUUACGCCACUUCACCAACGAGACUUUGUUGGACGUGCUUUUCUACAACAGCCCCACCUACUGCCAGACCAUCAUGGACACGGUGGCUCUGGAGAUGAACCGGCUCUACGCCCUGUUCCUGAAGAGGAACCCGGACUACAGAGGAGGGGUGUCGGUGGCUGGACACAGCUUAGGUUCUUUGAUCCUCUUUGAUCUGCUCUCCAAUCAGAAAACAGUCUCUCCUGCCCUCGGUUUUCCAGUCACGCCCACUGCUAACGGAGAGGUCAAACAGGUGACACCACCUCCUCCUGCUGCUGCUCAGGGAAAUAUCGCUCCUGCAGCUGUGGAGGAGCAGGCCAAAGAAGAGGAGGAGGAGUUUGAUGAUCUUGCAGGUGUGCUGCAACACCUGGGCCUGUCAGAGUACAAGGGCACCUUUGAUGAGGAGAAGAUCGACAUUGAAUCUUUUCUUAUGUGCACAAUUGAAGACCUGAAGGAGAUGGGAAUUCCUCUGGGUCCCAGGAAGAAGAUCAGCAAGUUUGUCAAAGAGCGAGUGAACAGACAGGCUUCUCAGAAGAAGACAGAAGAAGUUAAGGACAGUCAAGCUGCAGCGACACAAGCCGCCACUGAAGCCGCCGCUGAUUCCACUGUGAAGAGACUUCCAGCAGGCAACGCCACCUCAUCUGUUCACGUCAACUACGACUACUUUGAAGUUGGGACGGGACAGGUGUCAGUGGUCUACCACACUCUGGACUUUGAACCGGUGAACUUCUUCGCUUUGGGUUCUCCGAUCGGCAUGUUUCUGACGGUCCGAGGACUGGAGAAGAUCGAGGAGUCGUAUCAACUCCCCACCUGCAGGGGCUUCUUCAACAUCUACCACCCGCUGGACCCGGUGGCGUAUCGGAUCGAGCCCAUGAUAGUACCCGACCUGGAGCUGAAGCCGGUUCUGAUCCCUCAUUACAAAGGAAGGAAGAGGCUUCAUUUAGAACUAAAGGAGAGCCUCUCCAGGAUGGGCUCCGACCUGAAACAGGGCUUCAUCAGCUCCCUGAGGACCGCCUGGCAGACGCUCAACGACUUUGCUCGCGCUCACACCUCGUCCGCACUCCAAGCUGAACUGGCCAUCGUGGCUAAUCAGAUUGAAGAGGAGGAGAAGCACGUGCAGGAGGUUGCAGCAGAGAAGAUUCCAGAAAGCCCUGAGCCUCCGAAGGAGGAGGAUCCUCAGGUGAAGAUCGGGAUGCUGAAUGGAGGAAAUCGCAUCGAUUACGUCCUGCAGGAGAAACCCAUCGAGAGCUUCAACGAGUAUCUGUUCGCCCUCCAGAGUCACCUCUGCUACUGGCAGUCAGAAGACACGGCUCUGCUCAUCCUCAGAGAGAUCUAUAGGAACAUGGGGAUCCAUCCUGAACAUGCGCUGCACUGAUCCUCUGAAUCACUUCUUCGAUUUCCUUUGCUGUAGUUUGCAGAUGAGCCAUGUUUUUGCCAUUUGUCUUAAAUGAAGAACCCCGUCAGCUUGUAAAUCCACACCACAGAUUUGAUAUAGCAUUUUUAUAGCAUAAAUGACAGAACUUUAAUGAUGCGUACGACCAGAUGGCACCAAUUACAGUUUUAUUUGACAAUAAAUCAUUACAUUGCUCGA